UCGAGGCUGCAUUUCUCAGCACAGUGUUCGAGGAUUUCCCCUUUACGCAUUAUAAUUUGGCAGUUUCUGCAUUUACAAUGAUUAUAUGAAAGCAGUUGUUAUCCUCUUUCGGGAUAAGUGUACUGGGUGGUGGCCACAACCUACGGUUCGCCGUAGGAGUCACCAGACUCGAAUAUCAAUGCAGGAAGUGUGAUCGAACGGUGUCAGACGAGUCAUCGAUAGUACGGAAAGACAAAAGUAUCGUCUGGGGAAAGAUCGUACUACGCAUAUUAUGGACGUAUCUGACGAACUGGUUUGACAGUAGCCUAUUCUCAUAGGCUUCUGUGUACAUUGUGUUUAUUCUUUGGGAUAUAACCGUCCAAAACAGCCUCAAACCUCGCCUCAUUACUUUUGUUUUGGUGGGUUUUUCUCGAGCAGAGGAAACAAAAUGGCGGAUGUAGAUCCAGAAACCUUGUUAGAAUGGCUACAGAUGGGCCAAGGAGACGAGAGAGAUAUGCAGCUGAUCGCACUCGAACAACUUUGUAUGCUGCUUCUGAUGUCGGAUAAUGUGGAUAGAUGUUUUGAAAGCUGCCCUCCACGCACCUUCCUACCAGCUCUGUGCCGCAUCUUCCUGGACGAGUGUGCCCCAGACAACGUGCUGGAAGUGACGGCCCGUGCCAUCACCUACUACCUGGACGUCUCCGCUGAGUGCACUCGCAGAAUCGUGGCUGUAGAUGGCGCCAUCAAGGCUCUGUGCAACCGGCUGGUUGUCGCCGAGAUGUCCUCCCGCACCAGCAAAGACCUGGCCGAGCAGUGUAUCAAAGUCCUGGAGUUGAUCUGUACUCGAGAGUCGGGUGCGGUGUUCGAGUCUGGCGGGCUGAACUGUGUCCUGACCUUCAUCCGUGAGCAUGGCUCCCAGGUACACAAGGACACCCUCCACUCCGCCAUGUCCGUCGUGUCCCGGCUGUGUGGCAAGAUGGAGCCGCAGGACACCUCGCAGGAGACGUGUGUGGAGUCUCUGUCUACCCUGCUGGAGCACGACGACCAAUACGUUGCUGAUGGAGCGCUUCGCUGCUUUGCCUCACUGGCUGACAGAUUCACCCGACGUGGAAUUGACCCUGCCCCCCUGGCCAAGCAUGGUCUGAUCCAGGAGCUCCUGCAACGCCUGCACCGCGUGGGGGAGGCGGGGCACAACGUCUCCCUCACCAGUACCCCGGGGACGGCUAACAUGGCCGCCGAGUCCAAGUCCAGUCCCAGCAUGUCAACUGUCAUCAGUCUCCUGUCUACACUGUGUCGAGGAUCUCCUGUCAUCACCCACGACCUGCUGCGCUCAGAGUUGCCGGAAGCAGUGGAGAGUGGACUAAGAGGGGAUGAGAGAUGCUGCCUGGACACGAUGAGGCUGGUGGACCUGCUGCUGGUGCUGCUGUUCGAGGGGAGGAAGGCGCUGCCCAAGACGGGCGUGUGUAGCAUCACAAGUCGCCUGCCGGGGCUGAGGCGCACAGACAGUGCCGGAGAGAGGUCACACCGCCAGCUCAUUGACUGUAUACGAAGCAAGGACACUGACGCUCUCAUAGACGCGAUAGAUAAUGGUUUUGAAGUCAACUUCAUGGAUGACGUGGGACAGACUCUCCUCAACUGGGCCUCUGCAUUCGGAACCCAAGAAAUGGUGGAGUUCCUGUGUGAACGAGGAGCCGAUGUCAACCGAGGCCUACGCUCCUCCUCUCUCCAUUAUGCAGCCUGUUUUGGCAGACCACAGAUUGUCAAAACGCUGUUGCGGUAUGGAGCCAAUCCCGACCUGCGUGAUGAAGACAGCAAGACCCCGCUGGACAAGGCUCGUGAGAGGGGGGACGAGGGUCACAGGGAGGUCAUCCAGAUCCUGCAGUCGCCAGGUGAGUGGAUGGUGCCCGUGAACCGAGAAGGCGCGCAGGCCACAACAGAAGGAGAGAAGGAGAAGAAGGAAGAGAACAGUGAAUCGGAGCGAGUCGACUCGGCCGAGCCCAAGGGCGAUCCUGAGGUGGCGCCACUAUAUGUGCAACGACUGCUACCUGUCUUCACACAAGUGUUCCACAGCUCCAUGCUAGCCUCAGUCAGGAAAGCCAGCUUGUCUCUGAUCCGCAAGAUGCUGCACUAUAUGGGGGCCCCCUUGCUGGACGAGAUGUGUGGGCCGGAGUUCACCUCCCCCAACUUUGCUUCAUCGCUCACUGAAGUCCUGGCCACCGUCCUCGACACAGAGGACGAUGACGAUGGUCACUACACAGUGCUGCAGAUCACACAAGACCUCAUGCAGAAGGGACAGAGCACCUUCCUGGAACACUUCGCUCGCCUCGGACUGUUUGGCCGUGUCCUGGGACUGGCCGGUCCAGCGCCGGAGGAAGAUGAGACUGUAGUGAAAGCCAAGGAUGAGAAGUUCUGCAUCAAAGAGGAGGAAGAGGCCGUGGUGGAGGAUGCCCGGGAGAUCGUGCAGGGGAAGCCCUACCAUUGGCGGGACUGGUGCAUUGUGCGCGGCCGCGACUGCCUCUACCUGUGGAGUGACGCUGCCGCCCUGGAACUCUCCAACGGCAGUAACGGCUGGUUCCGCUUCAUCCUGGACAGCAAACUGGCCACCAUGUACUCCAGUGGCAGCCCAGAGGGGGGCUCCGAUAGCUCAGAGAACCGCGGGGAGUUCCUAGAGAAGCUGCAGCGAGCUCGCAGUCAGAUCAAGGCGGGCACCCCCAGCCAGCCUAUCAUGACCCACCAGUGCGCCACCCGGCUGGUGGUCGGGAACUGGGCACUCACAUGCAAGAAGGAGGGCGAGGUCCAGAUCCACAACUCAGACGGCCAACAGGCCACAAUAUUACGAGAAGAUCUUCCUGGGUUCAUCUUUGAGUCAAAUCGCGGCACCAAACAUUCAUUCACUGCGGAGACGUCACUCGGACCCGAGUUUGCCGUGGGCUGGGGAGGCAAGAAGAGCAAGAAACUAAGAUCAAAAGUAGACGCCAUUAGGUCGAAGGUGAAGAGUUUAGCUCGAGAGUUGUAUGAAGAUUACUUCAAGGCUGCGGAGGCCACACCGAGGGGCGUUGUUGCCAAGCUGUGCGGGAUCGUUCAACAGUUGGAAUCUUCCUGUGCAAAACAGAUCAGUCAGAUCAAGUGUACAAAUGGAGACGUGACGUGGCGGCAGGAGAUGCGCAGUGCGCUGGAGGAGUUGGUGUCGCUGCUGAAGGAUGAGCACACCAUCUCCUCCUUCGAACUUUACAGUAGCGGCCUCGUCCAGACCAUGCUCAACGUCCUCAACAACAACAUAGAAGAUAUUCAAACCAAGGAGAGCAAGAAGAGGACUAAAGAUAGAAUAAACAUCUUCAAGACCGUCUUUCACGAAAAGGAGAGACUGACUGAGGACGGUGUCGCUCCAGCAAUCCAGUUGACGAGGAAACUCAUCUCAGCACUGGAGUCCAUCGAGAAGCUGCCGGUGUUUACAUACGACCUGCCAGGGUCUGGGUACGGACUGCAGAUAUUAACAAGGAGGCUGAGGUUCAGGCUGGAGAGGUCAACAGGGGAGACUACUCUGAUAGACAGAACCGGCCGCAGUCUGAAGAUGGAGCCACUGACCACGGUGUCAGACCUGGAGAGAUACCUGCUGAAAAUGGUUGCUAAGCAAUGGUACGACUACGAGCGGGUGACCUUCAACUUUGUGAAGAAGUUGAAGGAGAAUGACUGCCCCAUUACGUUCGUCCACCAGCAUGACUUUGAUGAACACGGCCUCCUCUACUGGGUCGGCACCAACGCAAGAACUGCCUACGAGUGGGUGAACCCUGCUCAGUAUGGCCUGGUGGUCGUCACGUCGUCCGAGGGCCGCAAUCUGCCGUACGGCAAACUGGAGGACAUACUGUGUAGGGACAGUGCUGCCCUAAACUGCCACACCAAUGAUGACAAGAAAGCGUGGUUCGCCAUCGACCUGGGCGUGUGGAUCAUCCCAACAUGCUACACGCUCCGCCACGCCAGGGGAUACGGAAAAUCGGCACUGCGCAACUGGAACUACCAGAUGUCGAAGGAUGGAAUCACCUGGCAGACACUCUACCACCACACCGACGACUGCUCGCUCAACGAACCAGGGUCGACAGCGUCGUGGCCGGUGGAGGCUCCCAAGGAUGAGAAGCAGGGCUGGCGUCACGUGCGUCUACACCAGACCGGGAAGAACGCUAGUGGCCAGACUCACUACCUCUCCCUGUCAGGCUUUGAGAUCUACGGGACUGUCACCGGUGUCUGUGAUGAUAUAGGCAAGGCAGCCCGCGAAGCCGAGGCAAACCUGCGACGGCAGCGGCGGAUCCUGCGGACCCACGUGCUGAAGCAGAUGAUGCCGGGUGCGAGGGUGGUGCGAGGGAUGGACUGGAAGUGGCGGGACCAGGACGGCAGUCCCCCGGGGGAGGGGCUCGUCACGGGGGAGCUACAUAAUGGCUGGGUGGAUGUUACAUGGGAUGCUGGUGGCUCCAACUCCUACAGGAUGGGAGCCGAGGGGAAAUUUGACCUUGCCCUUGCUCCAUCACAUGACCCCGACAAGUUGCGGUUCACCAAGACAGAGCAGACUGCGACAGGCAUGGCCAAGAACAGAACAGUUGGAUCAUCCGUGUCUGACAAGGUGAAGGUGAGUGUGCUGACCAGCAGGAAGAGUAGCUCGACCCCGAGUCUGAGCGAGGUGUCAGAGGCGAAGGCGUCCGUGGCCAGCACAGAGCAGGCGUCCUCUGCGGAGAAUCUGACGGCCAGUAUGAAGGCUGUGAGGGAGGCCGCUGAGAAUGUUGCUGAGAGUAUGGUGAAUCGAGCCAGCUCGGAUGCUAUCGUCAUGGUGACAGUGGACCAGGCCGAUGAGUCCUCUGAUAGAACUCUGACAAAUGACCCCGUGGUGGUGGUGCACCGAGGCAGCGAGGACAUGGCGGGCAGCAGCGAGUGUGGUUUGAUGGACACGGCGUGCGAGAUGGACGUGGCCCAGGAGCCGGUGCGGGGCGCCGUGGGUGGAGUGAAGGAGGUCCACCACCUUUCCAACGCCAACCGGGAAAAGCAGGCGAAGAACGAGGCGGCCAAGAAGGCGGACUCCCAGACACGCAGCUCCCCGACCAACCUGAUGAGCGUCAGCGUCCCCAAUCUCCCCACCAGCAUGGAGCAGACUGCCAGCCUCCUCGACACUUUUGCUGCCGCAGCGCGCCGCAAUCUCUCUGGAGGCAGCGGCAGCAACAUCGUCCGCAAUGCCAACGCUAGUAGUCUGGUCCGACUUGCACUGUCCAACUCUCCCAUUGACCUAGGCAAUCUCCUCAGUGCGGCCCAGAGCUACCCCAGCCUCACGUCCUCUGCGGGUCAGACGUCCAACACACUGACCACCACCCAGACCAUGGCCAAUGUGACGUCACUGAGCCAGGCCCUCACACGCAGCCUCACGUCCACCUCCAGCGAGAGUGACAACGAGUUCCUGGACAGUUGCCGGGCAACCACGCUCCUGGCAGAACUGGAGGACGAUGAAGAGCUGCCGGAACCGGACGAUGACGACGAUGAGAAUGAGGACGAGAAUGAAGAUGACGAGGACUAUGAUGAUGUCCUGGUAUGUCCAGCGAACCGCUCCACUUCUGCUCCUCCUCCUCCUCCUCAUAAUAAGGAGGAAGAUGAGCUGGACACCCGUGAUAGACGGACUUGGGAUGAUGAGUUUGUUCUCAAGCGUCAGUUCUCCGCUCUGAUUCCGGCAUUUGAUCCCCGCCCAGGGCGGACCAACGUCAACCAAACUCAGGACUUUGAGAUCCCUGCUCCAGGUGCUGCAGAUAACGGAGCUGGGGAACAGAGGGAGAUGGUGGCUCAGCCCCGACUAGUGCUGGCUCUCCGAGCGCCGUGUCUGCCUGGGAUGAAUGACGAGGAGUUCCUGCUGGCGGAUGCUGGAUCGUGCGUCUUCAAGUACGUACAACACCUCCUGACACUCGGCUCCCACGCCGGACGCAACGAGCGGCUGAAGAGGAUCUGGGAACCCACAUACACGAUCAUCUACAAGGAGUUGAAGGAGGAGGAGGAGAAGGACUCGGACAAGGGCAGCAAGACGUCCUCCCCGGUGGACAAGUUCGGGGUUCUGCGGCAGAGUCUGCUUGACUGGGACCUGCCUCGCGCCGGCGACAUCACCAGCUGCACCGUCGACCACGUCCUCAACCUGCUGCAGCGGAUGUUUGCCAUCACCAUGGAGCAGGCCACGCCCAGUAAGAGGAAUGACAACAGCGAGGUUCAGUUAAACAUUCCAGCUGAUGAGUUCAUCAGCAAGAAGAUCACUAACAAGGUUGUGCAACAAAUUCAGGAUCCCCUGGUGCUAGCAAGUCAUGCGUUGCCGGAGUGGUGUGAGCAUCUCACACGCUGGUGCCCCAUGCUGUUCCCCUUCGAGACGCGGCAGCUGUACUUCACCUGUACAGCAUUCGGCACCUCCAGAGCCAUCGUGUGGCUGCAGAACAAGCGUGACGCCAGUAUAGAGCGGAACCGUGGCCCUCUGCCCCGCCGAGACGACGGCCAUGAGUUCCGUGUGGGGAGGUUGAAGCAUGAGAGGAUCAAGGUUCCGCGUGGGGCGCAGCUCCUGGAGUGGGCGAUGCAGGUCAUGAAACACCACGGCCAGAGGAAGGCCGUGCUCGAGAUUGAGUUUGAGGGAGAAGAAGGCACUGGUCUUGGACCGACGCUAGAGUUCUAUGCUCUAGUUGCCGCGGAGAUGCAGAGGAAGUCCCUGGGCCUGUGGCUGAGUGAUGAUGAUAUCGUGGAUACUUCAGAACGAGAGGUUGAUAUUGGUCAUGGCGUACGUCCUCCUGGGUAUUACGUGCAGAGAAUCGGGGGACUGUUCCCUGCGGCACUGCCUCAAGACAGUGCAGACAUGGAUCGAGUGGAGAGAAUCUUCUUCUUCCUGGGCACCCUCCUAGCCAAGUGUCUGCAGGACAACCGCCUCAUCGACCUGCCCCUUUCCCGCCCCUUCCUCAAGCUGAUGUGUAUGGGUGAGGUGGGCCACAACAUUGCCCAGCAGUACCACGACCUCUCCCAGAAGGGCUACGGCAAUAUGCUGGAGUCCUGGCACAGCGAGAGCAGCGACAUGAUCACCAGCAUCGAGGAGAUCGAGAAGGAGAUGAAGAUGGACCAGCCCAAGUCUCGCCACAAUCUCCUCACGCCCUGGUUUGCUGGCAUCCUGACGGAGGAGGACUUCGAGAUCGUCAACCCACACAGGGCGGCCUUCCUGAGGCAGCUGCGUGACCUGUCGGCCAAGAAGCAGAGGAUCCUGAAAGACAAGUCGCUGUCGGAGGACCAGAAGAACAUCCUCUUGGAGGAACUGGCCCUGCCGAACCCCGCCGACCCUUGCAUGGCAGUCAGACUGGAGGAUCUAGGCUUGACCUUCCAGUUCAACCCGUCCUCUAAAGUCUAUGGCUACACCUCGUACGAUCUCAAGCACAAUGGAGAAAAUGAGGACGUGUCACUGGACAACAUUGAGGAGUAUAUCGAGCUGGUCACAGACUUCUGCUUCAACAACGGCAUCAGGAGGCAGAUGGAUGCAUUCAGAGCUGGGUUUAACCUGGUGUUCCCCAUGGAGAAGCUGCACUCCUUCAGCCCCACGGAGCUCGGAAGUCUGCUGUGUGGCGACCAGGCCCCCUGCUGGACCAGGGAGGACAUCAUCACAUACACAGAGCCCAAGCUGGGCUACACCCGGGAGAGUCCGGGCUUCCAGAGGUUGGUCAUCGUCCUGCUUGGCCUAACAGCGGAUGAACGUAAAGCGUUCCUUCAGUUCACCACCGGUUGCUCCUCACUGCCACCAGGUGGCCUCGCUAACCUCCAUCCUCGACUGACGGUUGUGCGCAAGGUGGACGGCAAUGACAGCAGCUACCCCUCUGUGAACACCUGUGUCCACUACCUGAAGCUCCCCGAGUACUCCUCGGAGUGCAUCCUACGAGAAAGACUGUUGGAUGCCACCAAGGAGAAAGGCUUCCACUUAAACUAGACAUGGAUCUCAUGGUACUCCUGCACCAGGUUCACAGCAAGAUGGCUCCCAUCUACACACCUGCCAACUCAGACGUGGAUUCAGUGACCAUAAUAUCGGACACAUGGAAUGUUGAAAAAUGUUCUCACCUUUGUGCCGAGAAGGACGAGUCACAAUUAAAUGGAAAUCAUGUUAUAUAUUUGCCCCUGCAUUUAUGAAGAGUUGAUCCACGGGGCAUUACUGUGUUCAGCCAUGAUGUGGGCUUUCAUGCCAGUCACCAUGGACCGGAACCAUCUGUCGUCGUACGGUUCCUUCAGGCUGUCAGAGAACCAACAGUUUAUUUAAGUCAUGUUUCUUCAAGCAAAGCUGUGUCUGGAGUCAGUUGACCUUAGUCAUGUUCUCACAGCUGCUGGUAUUCUGGCCAACUGAAACAGCUCCACACAUGGCUUCUAGUACUUUGUGCAAUGACAAGUGUUACAUAUUCUGCAAGGAUUGAUAUAAAUGUACAAACUAGGGUGGGACUACCUCCUCACACAGCAUGUAAGACAGUGCUGUGCCAGCUCCCCCUGGCUGUCGUGAGUCAGGGGGAUACGCUGUAGCAGGUUUGAGAAGGUAUGGCCUCCGUAAAUAAACCUACACACCUAACUACAUCAGGUGAGUCCUCUUGGCUGUGAUGGGGACACAUGUAUGACACAUGUAUGUAUGACACUGUGUGCCACAUGGACCCUGUAUAUAGUGUACAUUUAGAAAGCCUCCCUCCCAGGGUGGAGGGAGGUGUAGACGUCCUAGACAAGUGAUGCUUCCAUCACUCCCGUGUCAACAUAAUGUGCCCCUAUUUAAUUUAAUCAUAUCAGUGCCGUCGAUGAUUGUGUUUGAAGUUUUCUAUGUUUUUUACCAGCUGUUGCAGCUGUCUAUUUAUUUCUGUGUGUUUCUCCUGCUUGGAACCUACUCUCUGGGGACUGGGGCAAUACUGUGGUGACCGAUGUCAGCUACACCCACAACACAACAGCAGCGAUUCUACACGGGACGAGUGCAGAGCAAUGCUUACACCACACUAUCAUUGCGCUUCUGUUCAGAAAUAAUCAAUAGUUUGGCCAAUCAGAGUAUAUCCAUUUCACAUGAUCUUUUUAGGAAAGGCAUUUUUAUUCCAUAUCCUUUUUAUCAUCCAAUGAUAUUGAUGAUUCUCAUUAUAGGGAUUUAUUUUGUUUGUCAGAUUAUCAAAUUUGAUGAGUAAGAGUGUGUGUGGUGUGUGAGUGUGUGUAGUUUGGACCACUGCUGUUUAUCUUCUGUUCAUUUUCUUGUUUUUCUGUAGUUUCUCAUCAGUAUUUAUAUUCCUAGCUAGCUGCAAGUAGCAUGGUUUGGGAGAGAUGUAGUGAGAAAUAGUCAUAAGAAAAAGAUGUGCCAAAUAAUCCAACUGGAAACUUGUACUACUAUCGUAACAUUACUGCAUAUAUAAAACAGCAUCUUGCAUGGAGACGAUAUGUUAAAUACUGCUUUAAACAUGGUAGGCAAAUUAAGCACAAAAAUAACCAUGUAAAAAGUUUGUUUUUAGAGCAAGAUCUGAGCCUUUUCCUCCUGUUAUUAUUCUACAUUGAGAUCCGAGCUUGUGUGUACGAGUAGUGUCUACAGUAUGUUGUUGAUUCACUAUCAUUCAAGCCUUUCAAAGCAUUUAAUGAUCUCCCCAACAUGGCUACAUUAACCUAGCAGAUAAGAGUGUUAUGCUGGGACAGUAUUAGAGGGAAAGUAAUUCACUCCACUGGUCAUGCAGAACUACCUGGGACCCACUGAGGUGCUUGCUACCACCUGUGUUGUGGAGCAGUAGAAGACGGAGUUGUGUGUGACAUGAGGCAGGACCAACCCCCUGUGUUGUGGAGCAGUAGAAGACAGAGUUCUGUGUGACAUGAGGCAGGACCAACCCCCUGUGUUUUGGAGCAGUAGAAGACAGAGUUCUGUGUGACAUGAGGCAGGACCAACCCCCUGUGUUGUGGAGCAGUAGAAGACGGAGUUCUGUGUGACAUGAGGCAGGACCAACCCCCUGUGUUGUGGAGCAGUAGAAGACGGAGUUCUGUGUGACAUGAGGCAGGACCAACCCCCUGUCUGUGUGUGAGCAUUGCACAGCCUCCACACAAUUGUCAUGCUGGUCCGUACUUACCUGUAGAAACACCUGGAUACCACAUCCUCAUCUCCUGUUGUACCUCAACAGACAUGGCAGAACACGUCUUCACCCCCUAGCGGUGCGUUACCUCGGCAUCUCUCACCCUGGCUCGACCGCCCACGGUGUAAUGUGCGAUGCCAGUUGUGUUAAACUGAAAGGGUUGGAAUUUUUGUGUGUCUUCUACACAAGAUCCAGAUCUAUUGCAAGUUGUCACAUUCUGUGUCAUUCCUAUGUUAUUUAUGGCAGUAUUAGCUUUGAGUUCUGUCCUGUAGAUGGAGCAGUUACUCCCUCCCGGGAUGAGUGAUGUGGUCACCACAGACUUGGUUACCACUGCCCUGUUCAAGAGCAGUCAGACAAACGUGAGGUGCUUUAAUGCUCUAUGCAUUGUCUGUGUGAUACUAGAUACUAAUAUUUAUCUUGGAUGUGGACUGUGGUUGUCCCGGUCAUCAAAGGCCUCUGACUCGGUGUAGUGUGUCCGACUGACUCGCUGCCAGUUGUGAGUCAUACUGACUAGCUGUCAGUUGUGUGUCCUACUGACUCGCUGCCAGUUGUGUGUCCGACUGACUCGCUGCCAGUUGUGUGUCAUACUGACUCGCUGUCAGUUGUGUGUCAUACUGACUCGCUGCCAGUUGUGUGUCAUACUGACUAGCUGCCAGUUGUGUGUCAUACUGACUCACUGCCAGUUGUGUGUCCUACUGACUCGCUGCCAGUUGUGUGUCCUACUGACUCGCUGCCAGUUGUGUGUCCUACUGACUCACUGCCAGUUGUGUGUCCUACUGACUCGCUGCCAGUUGUGUGUCAUACUGACUCGCUGCCAGUUGUGUGUCAUACUGACUUGCUGCCAGUUGUGUGUCAUGCUGACUCGCUGCCAGUUGUGUGUCAUACUGACUCGCUGUCAGUUGUGUGUCAUACUGACCAGGGUGGAACCUAAUGAUGCCGACCUCAACCUGGCUUUCUGAUAUUCAGUUUUAUCUCAAGCAGAGAGAAUCACACUUGGGUGUUUUCUUGUAUGCUAGAAUGACCCCAGGGUGUUGGCUCCUUCCUGCACAGAGUUGAGACAGAUAUUUAAGUAGGACAUGCCUAGGUCACAGAUAUUUGUGUAGAGCGUGAGUGAAUCACCAAUAUAUGUGUCAAGUGUCUGUGGAUCACAGAUAUUUGUGUAGAGUGUCUGUGAAUCACAGAUAUAUAUGUAUAGAGAACAUCUGAUGAUCACAGAUAUUUAUGUAGAGGAUCCGUGGAUCAUGGUUAUUUAUGUAGAGCGUCUGUGGGUCACGGAUAUGUUUGUACAAACUCCACCAUAUGUAAAUGAGCAUCUGUAUACUGUGAGUGAUUCUGAGAGAAUAUGUGAUGUCUGCUUGGGUAUUAAAGGAUUAAAAUACAAAUUUAAAUCCAA